UGAAUCACAUGACCGGAAGAUAACGUGAUCGAUCACGUGUACAAAAUCAGCUGAUUCAAAAACAUUUUUUUUCCGUUACACUCAAAUUUUCCAACGAUUAAAUAUCUAUCUGUGAUUAGGAAACCUUAUCCAUUUAAGAUUUAUCAUUUGAUUCAAGCAUAGUGACGAACAUGGUUGUUGCAAAGAAAGGUUCUCCUAUCUUUCAAAGCAAAGAAGAUGCCAACUUCAGAGAGGCUUUGAAGUUGUAUGAUUCAAAGCAGUACAAAAAGGCAUUGAAAUUGGUUGAUGCCAACUUAAAGAAGAAUUCGAAUCAUGCCGAAUCAUUAGCAUUGAAAGGUUGUUGCAAUCAUUUUGUAGGAAAUAAGCUGGAAGCUGAACCUUAUAUUUUAAAAGCCAUUCAAAAGAGUCCAGAAAAUUACCUUGUUGAUCAUUUAGCUGGUAUUUAUUAUAGAACGGUUGAAAAUUAUGAAGAAGCUGCCAAAUGGUUAAAGGCUGCUAAUGAUAACGGAUCUCCAAAUAAACCAAUUUUAAGAGAUUUAUCAUUCAUGCAAACUCAAAUCAGAGAUUAUAAAAAUUUAAAGGAUUCAAGACAACAAUACUUAGAGAACCAACCAGGUUACAGAGCUAACUGGACUGCAGUUGCAGUUGCUCAUCAUCUUAACAAAGAAUAUUCCAACGCUGUCUCAACCUUAACCAAAAUUGAAGGAAUUAUCAGGGAACAUUUAACUGAAGCUGAUAGAUACGAACAAAGUGAAUGUGCUUUAUAUAAGAAUUCAAUCAUAGCCGAAUCAGGAGAUCCAGCUAAAGCUCUUCAAACUUUGGAAGAUGAUAAAGACGAAAUUAGAGAUGGGUUAUCAUACUUAGAAUAUAAGGCCAAGUAUUUAUUAAUGUUAAAUGGAUACGAAGAAGCAUCAGUUGAAUAUCGUAAAUUAUUACAAAGAAAUUCAGAUAAUGCUGGUUACUAUCAUCUUUUAGAACUUUCAUUAGGUUCAAUUUCCAAACCAUUGGAAACUAGAAUCAAGUUAUAUGAAAAAUUAAGCAAAUUCUAUCCAAAGUCUGAUCCUCCAAAAUUCUUACCAUUAACAUUCAUUCCAGCAUCAAAUAAAGCAUUUGAAACUAAGGCAAGAGAAUACAUUCUUCCUCAAUUACAAAGAGGUGUUCCAGCUACAUUUGUUAAUGUCAAACCAUUGUACAAAAACCAUCAAAAAUUAAAAGUCAUUGAAAAGAUCGUAACUGAAUUCUUUGAAAAUGAAGUUGGUAAAAUUGCUAAUCCAACUGUUCAUGUUUGGACCUUAUAUUUCUUAGCUCAACAUUAUUUAUACCUUAAUGAUCUAGAAAAAGCUUCUAAAUUCAUCGACGAUGCUUUGACUCAUUCACCAACUUUAGUUGAACUUUAUAUUCUUAAGGCUAAGGUUUUAAAGCAUCAAAAAGAAUAUGUUGCUGCAAGUGAUAUCAUGAAUGAAGGUCGUGAAUUAGAUUUACAAGAUCGUUUCAUCAACACUAAAGCUACCAAAUAUUAUUUCAGAGCUAAUAGAGUUGAUGAAGCUAUUAACACCAUCUCAUUGUUCACCAAAGUUGAAGAUGGUAAUGUCAAUGGGUGCAAGGACUUACAUUUAAUGCAAGCUAAUUGGGUCUUAAUUGAAAGUGCUGAAGCUUAUUCAAGAUUGUAUCAUGAAUAUCAAGUUAAAUUGGAAGAAUUAAAGAAUUCUGAAGAUGAAAAUGAAGAAUUAGAAAAAGAUGUUGUUGAAAACAUUGAAAUUUACAGAGGUUUAGCUUUGAAGAGAUUUAACGCUAUUAUUAAGAUUUUUAAACUUUAUUAUAACGAUCAAUAUGAUUUCCAUUCUUAUUGUAUGAGAAGAGGUACUCCAAGAGAUUAUAUUGAUACUUUGAAAUGGGAAGAUAAAAUUCACUCUACCCCUAUGUAUACUAGAGUUUUGAAAGGACUAUCCAGCAUUUACUUUGAACUUUAUGAUGAACAAAUUAAGAAAAAAGAGGAUGAUUUAGAAGACAAUAUUAAGAUCAAAAAAGCUAAUAAGAAACAAAAGAAAGUUAAAGCACAAGCAAAUAAGAAGAAAUCAGAAUUAAUUGCUAAAGUUGAAAGUGAAAAAGACGAUGCUGAUCCAUUAGGUAAUAAAUUGUUAACCGAUUUAGCUGAAUCAGACAUUAUCGAAGAUUUAUACUUACUCUUCAAGCCAUUAAUCGAAGAAGGUAAAGAUUUAAGAUUAACUUGGGAAGUGUUAUAUAAGAUUUAUUUAAUCCAAGGCAAAUAUGUAUUAGCUUUACAAGCUAUUAAAAGUUUGAAUAAGAUCUUGACUGCCGCUGAUGAUUUUAAAUUUAAAGCUGUUGGUGCCAAAGUAGUUGAAUUAUCAGAAACCUUAUCCAAAGAUCCUAAAGUGAAUGCAGCAAUUGCUAAAGUUGUUGAAAAGAGUUUAGUAUCAACUUUCCCUCAGUUUGGAGAAUUAUCUAAGGAAGCAUUCUUAGAAAUUUACAGUAAAUAGAAUUUUUAUAAAUUUUUAUAGAUUUUGC